AUGGCAGUAACCGCCCCACACCCGAUGGAUUUGUCACACCACUACUCCUACACCACCAAAAACCGUCUUGCAAGUUUUGUCAAAAGCUAUUACAAAUACUACACGAUUCCAGGACUGGCCAAUUUUGCCGGGGGCUUGCCGCACCAAUCAUACUUUCCUUAUGACACGCUCGAAGCAGACAUCGCGCGACCAGAUCGUCUGAAACCUAUUAGUGCCGGGGACUCGAAAUCAGAGCGCCUCAUCGUCCCCAAACAAUCCCCAGUCACCGAUGUCCAACGACGGAUCGACCUGACCACCGCUCUGCAGUAUGGCACAGCGGAAGGUUAUCCAGCACUGGUCUCAUUUCUACGACAAUUCACCCGUGAUCACCUUCAUCCCAAUGUCCCAUAUGAAGGGGGCCCGGAAAUCGUCUUGAGUUGUGGUAACACCGAUGGCUUCUCCAAAGCUAUUGAACUUUUGACCAAUAUCUGGAAUCCCGAUCGUGAUUGGAUUCGCCAGCGGGAAGGCGUGCUGUGUGAACGAUUCGCCUACAUGAAUGCUAUCCAGACGGUUAAACCAAGGGGAUUGAAUGUGGUUGGAGUGGCUAUGGAUGACCAGGGUAUGUGUGCUUUCGGUGAGGGCGGUCUCGAAGACGUUUUGGAGAACUGGGACUUCCGACGUGGUCGUCGACCCCAUGUUAUGUACACUGUGACCAUGGGUCAGAAUCCUACCGGCGGAGUGUUACAGAUCGAACGCAAAAGGGAAAUAUACGCCCUUUGCCAGAAAUAUGACGUGAUUAUUGUUGAGGAUGAACCAUAUUGGAACUUACAGUUUCCAUCUGCUUACGAGAUGGAAGCCCAAGCUCGCGGCUUAUCUAUUCCACGUCCACGAAAUUACAAUGCGGGGGAAAAGUCGUCCGGCUAUCCGUUUUUGGAUGCAUUGGCCCCCUCAUAUCUAUCCAUCGACACAGAGGGCCGAGUGAUCAGACUAGACACCUUUUCCAAGUCCAUCGCCCCCGGAAGUCGACUUGGCUGGAUCACUGCACAGCCCGCUAUCAUCGAACGUCUGACUCGCAUCACCGAAUGUUCUACACAGCAGCCUAGUGGAUUCGUGCAAUCCAUAGUAGCAGAAAUGCUCAUGGGCAAGCAAAACGAGGAAACGAAGGCUCGGGUCUUCAAACUGCAAGAUUCCUUAGGCUGGCAGAUGGAUGGCUGGGUACGCUGGCUAGAGGGCCUGCGAGCAGGCUAUGAGAAGCGUAUGCAAUCCAUGUGUACUAUUCUGGAGGAUAACAAGUUCUUCCUCUCGGGAUCUGCAGAUCAUGUUCAAGACUGGGAGGUAGUGGAUCGUACUCAAAUGUAUGAAUUUGUCUGGCCCAAAGCCGGUAUGUUCACCUGGAUCGAGGUGUACUUUGAGGCACAUCCUCUUGCGUCUCAAUAUAGCCCCCAGCGAUUAUCCAGCGCAUUUUGGAUCCACCUUACGCAAAAGCCCGCUUUGUGCUUAAUUGGCCCCGGCAGCAUGUUUGCCGCAAGCCCAGAAUCUAUUGAACUGGCUUACAGAUACUUUCGACUUUCUUUCGCCCCAAUGAAUGCCGACGAUGUUGCACACUUCACUCAAAGACUUGUUGACGGAAUCCGGUCCUUCUGGCAACGCAAUAAUCUUGAUGGUUUAGAAGAUACUGAUACUUUGGACAUGGGGAUGCUACAGCUGAGCCCUGAGGCCAACUUCUUGGGCACUGGCUGCUAA